AUUUCCACACAGGCACUCUUGUGAACCGACCCUACACAUCCUGCCUGGGGUCCUUCUCAACAACACCCUUCCAAGAUGGCAGCCAACAGUAGCAGCACGGGUAGCAAAUCCAGCAGCAGCGCCGGUGGAAAACAGUCUGGUCCAACAGCCGAACAGGUGGUGGCAACAUUUCAGAGGAUGCGUCAGGAACAGCGCAAUAUGGCUUCUAAAGCCGCAGAGCUGGAGAUGGAUAUCAACGAGCACAGCUUAGUAAUUGACACCCUGAAGGAUGUGGACCCUUCGAGGAAGUGCUUUCGUCUCGUAGGAGGAGUGUUGGUGGAGAGGACGGUGAAAGAAGUUCUUCCAGCCUUGGAAACCAACAAAGAACAGAUCUCCAAAAUAAUCGAAACCAUCAACACACAGAUGCAGACGAAAGGACGGGAGCUCACAGAGUACAGGGAACGCUACAACAUCCGGCUGGUGGGGGAGGGCGAAGGAGAGUCACAAGGCCAGUCAGAGGCACCUUCCAGAGACAGCGAAGGAGGCGGGUCUAAAAGCGGAGCUGGCGUUUUAGUGUCAUAAUUCAUAACAAUGGAACGCAACAGUUUGGCCUUAUGAUUUCUGGAGUACUGAAAACGUAGUUGGAAAUCACAAAAUCUCGGUUCAAAAAUAAAACUUUUCACAGGACAUCUUUUUUUUUGUUUUUGUUUUUGGUUUUUUUUUUUAAGAUUGGUGAGAUUUCUGCUAAACUUAAUGCACUCGUUAUCAAAGUACACUGAUUUCUUAGGGCCCUAAAGUAGGUUGAGCUUUGCAAAGAAUCGCCCUUGCCAAGGCAGCACAGGUCCUGGAAGGCAUUUUGACAACAUGUGUUAUGAGCAUGAACAAGAGAUUAUACUGUAAACAUGUCACAAUAGAUCAAAAUGAAUAUGUCUUUGUUCCUCCUUCUAUGAAACAUUUUAUUCAUGACUCCUAAAACUGUAUUUACACAUAAGAACAUGAACAUAAACAGAAUGUCUGUAGGCUUGUAGUCAUAAUGUUGGUGUGUGGUCAGUUUGUGUUCACUGGUUACUGAGGCGCAUGCUGUGAUGUGAGCAUUCGUUGAUAAGAAGUCAGUGCUAACACCACCCCUGAAUAAUAAAAAAGCCCUGUCAUUGACAACAAAAUAAAAUUGUCUUUUUCUUUCUGAUCUGCAGCACAUGCUUCAGCUACGAGUGUUUAAAUUAAUUUAGGAAAUGCCGCCCAGGACCUGAUGUGUGCUGUUCACACUGUUUGUGUAGUUGUAAGGACAAAAAUGUUUUUGUUGAUGGUCAUUAAUUAAAGAAUGUUUAAAUUGUG